UAAGCUUGGCGAGUUACAUAUAAAUUAAGUUAUAAAUAAAUAAAUACUAAAUUGCUUAAGAAAAUUUGUAAAAUAAUGCAACAAACAGAUUGGAAAAAGUGGUGUCGACUUUGUGGAAAGCAAAAUGGUGCAGAUGUUGAUUUGAAUUUAAAAUUUGAAAAUGCUGAAACUUUAGAUGUGAUUAUCCAAAGAUAUUUUGGGAUAAUGUUGCAGGUAUCAGACGAAAUAGAGUGGUGUAACAAAAUAUGUAUGGUGUGUCAUGACACAAUAACAUCAAUAAUAAAAUACAAUGCUCAUAUCGCUAAAGUAAAUGAAAUGUUUGUUGAGCUUAGGAAGAACUGGGUUUACCAAAAUUUUGAUAUUAAAUCUUUAAGAGAAAAAUAUGGAUUAAAUAACCAGAGUAGUGAAACAUGUGAGUUUAAUCUAACCAAACCGCUUUCGUCGAACAUAACUUAUGGUAUACAAAUACAGUGCGGAAUCCAAACUGAUAGUACACAGUCUUUAAUAAAGCCAGAGAAAAUAUGUGUACAAACAGAUAAUAUAGAAACAGUAAUAUCCGAAAGUGAAACGCACGAUAUCAAUUUGGACAAUAAAUCAAAUCAAAACAGUUUAUCCGAUCACGACUUAUCAGAUUUAGAAGAAAAAAGAUUUAAGUGUCCCAAAUGUGAAAAACCUUUUAAACUUAAACGAUAUGUAGUUGAUCACGUUCGUCGUGUUCAUAAAAAAGAUAAACCUUUUUCGUGUGAUAUUUGUGGAUCAGAUUUUGAAACUAAAAAAGAAUUGAUUGAUCAUUACGCAGCACACCCAGGAGAAAGAAAAUACAAGUGUACAAAAUGUGAGAAAGCUUUUAAAACCAAAAGAGAUUUAAGGACUCACAUGGUAAUACAUGAUGGAACUGGAUGUAUAUGUCAAAUAUGUGGCGUAAAGCUUAGUACAAAAAAAAUUUUAAGGAUCCAUAUGUUGGUACAUUCCGAUGAGAAUAAGUACAAAUGCGACUUUUGCUUUAAAGAGUUUAAAAGACCAAAUGCUUACAAGAAUCAUUUAAUUCUACAUACCGGACUAAAGCCAUACGAAUGUCCAUUUUGUAAUUUAACUUUUGCAAAUGGUUCAAACUGUCGAAAGCAUAAACGAACCGUUCAUCCAACAGAACUGGCCGUUCAAGAAUCGAAAGGUAAAAAACUCUCUAGAAUAAUGCCGACAAUAAAGCAACUAAAUGAGCUAGCUUCGGAUAAUGUUUCAUAAAAGUGU